AUGAUUUUAACAUUUGCUUUUUGUAUAACAUUGAUACAGUUAUCAACGGCGCAAGUAUUUUCGUUCAAUCCAAGAAAUUCACACCCUAAUGUCAUCCAAGGCCAGCACGCACACAAUAUUCCUCAAAAUAAUUUAAAUACGGUAUUAGCGAACAACAGAGCAUCGAUAGCCAGACCCUUACCGUAUGGUAAUAUUAAUAAUCUAUUUAAUUCUAAUACCAACUUGAAUUUAGCUAAUGCUCAACUUGUUAAUACAGAAUUGGCUAAUGCUGAACUUGAAAAUGCUAAAUUCGCGAACACACAGCUAGCAAACGCUGAAAUAGCCAAUGCACGACUGGCGAAUGCUCAAAUCACCAAUGCAGAGUUAGCAAACGCCAAAUUUGCUAAUUCUCAAAUUGCCAAAGCACAGUUAGCUAAUGCUGAAUUAGCAAAUGCUAAAUUUGCAAAUGCACAGUUUGCAAACGCCGAGUUAACCAAUGCCAAAUAUGCAAACGCACAGAUCAACAAUGCUGAGAUAGCAAACACCAGAGCUCUCCAAUCAAAUUGGUUAAACAGGAAUGUAUAUGCGGAAAAAACUAACCUCGAAAAUCCCAAUUUGGGAUUGAACAAACGCGUUGAGUAA